UGUCAUGUCCUAGUGAGAUUCAAGUUGAAAACUGGCUUGAUCUUGAUCGGUUUGAUGAUCCAGAAUUGAAGAAGCUGGCUGAAUUGCUGCCUAGUAUCAUCAUUCAGGACAGAGCUGAAGGCACUAUAAAAACGUAUAUUAGUGCCUAUAGGCUUUGGAAACGAUGGGCGUGUACUCAUGGCGUAUGUCCAAUUCCGGCGGACGGGACUGCCUUGGCAUUGUAUAUUGUGUCCUUGAUACAACAACGACGAUCGGUGUCGUCGAUUAAUUCAGCAGUAUAUGGCAUUGAUUGGAUCCAUAAAAAGAAUGGCUAUGGACUUCCUAGCGUACAUUCUGUUGUGAAACAAGUGACUGACGCAGCUAGGCGAAUUCUAGCGAAACCCAAAUCGAGAAAAAAGCCUUUAUCUAGCACACAAGUUAAAUCAAUUGUGCAACGGUUGGAGAAAGGAUCCCUUGCUGACCUCCAGGUAGCAGCGAUGUUUGCAUUGGGAUUCUAUGGCUUCCUUCGCUGGGAUGAUCUCAGUCGUAUUACCCCUGAGCAUCUCGAGUUUGCACCAACCCAUCUACUUGUUCACCUGGAGAAGAGAAAAAAUGACCAGUUCCGGAAAGGAACGCAAGUCCUGAUUGCAAGAGCGGACAGAGCACCAUGCCCGGUAGCUGUUGUUGAAAAAUUUCUGGGGAAGGGACGUCAUAAGCCAGGAAUCUCCAUUUGGAGACGUAUCCAGAGUACCAAAUAUGGUCAGGUACUUCGGAGUACGCCUAUGACAUACAGCCGUGCUAGCGAGUUGUUCAAGAAAGAAUUGGUGAAGGAAGGUCUUGAUGCUAAAGAUUAUGGUCUUCACAGUUUACGAUCUGGUGGUGCUACAACUGCAGCUGCUCUGGGUAUUCCAGACCGCCUGCUACAGAGACAAGGAGGGUGGCGUGCUGCGAAGGCAAAGAACAAUUACAUUGUUGAGUCAAAAAACUCGUUACUUCAUAUUACGAAAACAAUGCAGAAGGCAUAAAUUGUAUAAAUUAACUCUAUGCGUUGUGUGGUUGCGGCUGACGCUGCAGCAGCUACCAGCGGUGUGUGAGAAGUGUUAUUUUCCGCUGGCUGAGGCACGAAAGAAGCGGAAAAUGUUUUCUCACACACUGCUGGGGGCCUGAUGAAAUCAGGGUGUUACAGGUUUAUGAGCAUAUUUUUGUUGUUGCUCACCGUAGCUUGACAGUAUCCCACCCACCUAGCCCUUUUAUGUUUAUUAGUACAGAACGGCGUUGGAUUGUAUAUAUAUGUACUUGUUAGGGUAAUUAUUAAGCGAGCAAUUGUAAUGUAUGGUAGUUUAAAUGAAUAAAUGUCAAGCUUGCGGCUGACGCUGCAGCAGCUCCCAGCGGUGUGUGAGAAACGGUUGUUUUAUGCUAAUUUUUGGCAUUUUCAAAAACAGUAGUUCAACGUUCAAACAUCAGUAGCGCAGUCAAUAUUGCAUAUAAAUUCAAGUACUAUAUAUCAAAAUCUAAGUUAGUCCUUUCCGAAUGCAAUGAUCGUGAUUUCGUUCCGAUAGCUUUUAUAGCUUUUACGUUACAUCAAAUCAAACAGUAUCCAGGUUUUUUUGGGACACCCGGUAUACUACAGACUAGCCUUCUUGCAGCCCGGAAUUUGUUGGGAGCAAUAGAACUGCCCAUUAAAUAAUUUUUGUACUAACAUAUUUUGUCUUCUGUGACUGGUUAAAGCAAAAUAAAAAAAGUGCACUUAAGUAAGGGAAUAUAUAAUUUGAAACGGAUCGACCGUACGGAAACUUUGCAGAGAAGCCCCCCCCCCCCCCAACUUAUUUCUUUUCUCAAAUACCUCCUUCUCUAAAUUAUAUUGGGAACCCUGUUGAAUGUUGUAACCGUUUUAGAAAUUUAAAACCAUUCUAUUGUAUUCUAGACAUACUUGCACUAA